CCCUUGGCACUGACGUGGCCGCCGGGAGCCGCCAUCUUGUUCUCAGUGAGGGAGUCUGUGAGGGAGGCGGAAGGCGAAGGCCAGAGGCACCCGGCGGGACCGGAGAGGACGACGACGGAGGAGACCCCCGCAGCCAGGCACCCCCGUUACGUCGUCCGAUUUUCUUGGCCAGUGGGUGAACGACAUCCUCAAACAUGGGAAAUAUUUUUGCCAACCUUUUCAAAGGCCUCUUCGGCAAAAAAGAAAUGCGUAUACUUAUGGUCGGACUGGAUGCCGCAGGAAAAACUACUAUAUUGUACAAGCUUAAACUCGGGGAAAUAGUAACUACCAUCCCUACUAUAGGUUUUAAUGUAGAAACAGUAGAAUACAAGAAUAUUAGCUUCACGGUAUGGGAUGUCGGCGGACAGGAUAAGAUCAGACCACUCUGGCGCCAUUAUUUCCAAAAUACACAAGGCUUGAUCUUUGUGGUCGACAGCAACGACAGAGAGCGAGUCAACGAAGCCAGAGAAGAGCUCAUGAGGAUGUUGGCAGAAGACGAGCUCAGAGAUGCUGUCCUUUUAGUGUUCGCUAACAAACAGGACCUGCCGAACGCCAUGAAUGCCGCGGAAAUCACAGACAAACUAGGAUUGCAUUCUCUCCGCCACAGAAACUGGUACAUCCAGGCCACCUGCGCCACCAGUGGGGACGGUCUCUAUGAAGGACUGGACUGGUUGUCCAAUCAGCUCCGAAACCAGAAAUGAAGCCCUGAAUUAAUCCUCUUUUCUCCACCCCUCUCCCUCCCUUUCCCUUUCCUCUUCCCCCUCUCCCUCCUCCUCCUCGCUUUACUCUAAUGUGGCAAACCAUGCUACUUCGUAGUACUGAGUGCCAGAAACUGUUUUCACCAUAUCUUCUCGUCCACAGGACUCUCCACUACCACGCUGUACAUCUGGCAAAACCACGCCCCGGAAAGAAAAAAAAAACAUUUAGCUUUUUAUUUUCUUAUUUAAUGUAAAUAGUUCUUGUUUUCCCCCCACGAGGCAGUUUCUGGUACUCCUAUGCAAUAUUAUUCGGCUCUUUUUAAAAUGAUAAAAGGUUUUUAAAAAAGAAACCCCACCCAACAACUUUGAGUGGAUUCAGGGGGGAAAAAAAUGGUUGCCAGGAAUCUGGUUUUGUUUGUUGUCAUGUGUGCGUGCUAGAUCCAAACAAGAUCCCUCUGGGCUUGCAGAUCUGGGCUGAGGCCUGAUUUCCAGAGCCCCGUUCUUAAGACUGGGGAUGAGUUUCUUUUCAGAAGAUAGAGCUGGUGGGAAGCUGGGCGGAAGGACUUGAACCCAGGACCCUUUGUGAUUUCUGCAACGACGCGAAAAGAAUACCCUUCCCUUAUUCUAGGUCAUAAAAUUAGCCACAGUCUCAUUUCAGCUCUUGGCAUUUUUGUGAUUGGAGGUAGAUGGGAGACUUUCGCAAGAAUUAGAGCGAAUCAGUGGAGAUUGCAAAUUAACAAGAAAUUGGGACAGACCCCCACCCCCACCCCACCCCCGGUACUCUUAACUGCCCCUUGGAUUUGGAUUUUUAAAAAAAUAUUUUUUAUCCUCCAACCUAUGAGUGCCAUCUUCAUCUUCCCCUCUGUAUAGCUCCUUCAAAUAAAUUCCUUGAAUUUCUCCAGCCUAGAAUGAUUUCCAAAGACGGUCCUCUUGCACGAACGUCACAACAGCAGCCACAAGUACUGUACUUAAAUAAGAAAUGUCACACAGGCUUUCCGUUGUCGCAUCCGGGAAAGGGAGGGGGCGGGAAUAUUGAAAACACGGGAGUUUGAUAACAGGGCGCCUUCCAUUGUUAGAGAUGUGUCUAGAUUCCCUUUUCGGAACGCGAGAAAUGCCCUUUUUACAUCUCUCAUACUGCAAGGUUUGAGAUUUGCCAUCCCAGAUAUUAACUUCUUAAUUUUUUUGUUUUGUUUUUUCUUUUGUAUUUUGAUAAUAAAAAAAAAACACUGAAGAAGCUGGAGCUGUUGCGACUCAAGAAAAACACGAUCAGAACUGGUUUGUUUAGUGUUGUGGACAAGAAAAAAAAAUCUCUCUUGUUUUCUUUCAAUACAGUAAUCGACUGUUUUGUAUACUUGUUUUCAGUUAUCAUUUCAACAAACGAGCACUGUAAUUAAAGCUAUUAGAAUAAAAAUCUCUUAACUAUU